UCAUCUGAUAAUAGGCGCCACCGUCAGGUCCUGCCAUCCCUACUACUUUUAGUACCACUAACUACUUUAUCAAUUAGGACGUGAAUUUGACAUACGGCCAAGGCCCAAUAGUAGUAGCAGCCUGAUAAUGAUUAUUCAUUUGGGGAAGAGCUCCAUAAGAUAUAGGCCUACCUGUACACAGACAUUGCUAAGUUUCUUCAGCAGUAUCGCCACUAUGAGUCCAACUUGCAGAUUUUCCAGCUGAAACCGACACAACACUCCAAGAACCUGGCUGAGCUUGUCAUGUUCUUCUGCCAGGUGGCACAGUGUUACCCGAAGGAGCUAGCUGGGUACCCACAGCAGCUGAUAGACCUGCUGCGGAGGCAUAGCACAGUCUUGGACCCAGACAUGAGGAUGACAUUUUGCAAGGGGUUGAUCUUACUGCGCAACAAAGGACUGAUUGAGCCCACAAGCCUCCUGGAGCUGUUCUUUGAGCUCCUUCGCUGUCAGGACAAACUCCUCAGGAAGAUGCUGUACCAUCACCUGGUCAAUGACAUCAAGAGGAUCAACAAGAAACACCAAGACAACCGAGUCAAUACGACUCUUCAGAAUUUCAUGUACACCAUGCUGAGGGACAGCAACGCAGUUGCUGGGAAGAUGUCGUUGGAUGUCAUGAUAGAACUGUAUAAGAAAAACAUCUGGCGAGACGCCAAGACUGUCAAUGUCAUCGUCGCAGCUUGCUUCUCCAAAAUAACCAAGAUUCUUGUGGCGGCACUGAAAUUCUUCUUGGGCUCAGACGCAGAGGAGGAUGGAGACAGUAGAAGCAGUGACUCAGAUGAUGACGCACCCACUCAGAGAACGUUACUGAUGGCCCAGCGCGUCAACAAGAAAACAAGGAAAAGACAACGGAAGACUGAGAUGGCCCUGAAACUCCUCAAGAAAGAAAAGAAGAAAAAGAAGCCUGUGCCCUUCAACUUCUCAGCCUUGCAUCUUAUUCAUGAUCCUCAAAACGUUGCGGAGAAGCUCUUCAAGCAGCUAGAAUCCUCCAACGAGAGGUUUGAGGUCAAGCUGAUGAUGAUAAACCUGGUGUCCCGAUUGGUGGGAAUCCAUGAGCUCUUCCUCUUCAACUUCUACCCUUUCCUGCAACGGUUCGUCCAGCCACAUCAGAGAGAGGUCACAAAGAUCCUUCUGUGUGCUGCCCAGUCCACACAUCAGCUUGUCCCUCCCGAUAUCGUAGAGACCAUGGUCAGGACCAUCGUCAAUAACUUUGUCACAGAGAGAAACUCCAGCGAAGUGAUGGCUGUUGGUCUGAAUGCGGUGCGUGAGAUCUGCAGCCGUUGCCCGCUGGCGAUGGGUCAGGACUUGCUGCAGGACCUGGUGCAGUACAAGAGUUACCGCAACAAGGCCGUGGUGUCAGCAGCGAGGUCCCUCAUAUCGCUCUUCAGGGGCAUCAACCCGGAGAUGCUGCACAAGAAAGACAGGGGUAAGCCGACUGCGCACAGCACGGAAAUCAGAGCCAAAGAGUACGGUGAGCUAGUGGCUCAGGACUUCAUCCCUGGGGCAGAGGUACUGAAAGAUGAGACUGCAGAGGGAGACAAUGAAGAGUCGGAUGAGAGCGAUUCUGAUGACAGUGAGGGCAGCUGGCACGAUAUCAUUCAUUCCAGCGAUGAGGAAGAAGUAGGAGAAGCCAAGAAAGACAAUCCGGCUGAGAACUUAACUGCUGAGGAAAAGAAAGCCCGAGCCGCAGCCAUCAGUCAGACCAGACUGCUCACGCAGCAAGACUUCCAGGAUAUCAAAGUGCAUCAGCUCUCCAAGCAACUGGAGGCAACCAAAAACAAGAGGGGGACAAAGAGGAAACAUGUGGAACUAGAGCAGGAAACCAGUGCUGAGCUGCUGUCACUCAGUAGAAUUGAGGGAAUCAACAGUAGGCCAAGACAUGACAAGGAAGCGAGAUUAGCUACGGUUAUGGCCGGGCGGGAGGGAAGGAACAAGUACGGGUCCAAGAAGGGGCGGAUGAACCCCAAUGCCAGCACCACCAACAAGGAGAAGCUGAGGAAGAAGCCCUUCAUGAUGGUCAAGCAGAAACAUGGCUUCAAAACCAAGACUAAACGGUCUUUCCGUGACAAGCAGAUUGCCCUCAGAAAUAUUCUCUUGAAGAAACAGAAACGACGUUGAGGUCCACACAUUCGCUCAAGCCACGGGGAGGCAAGACCUUGAUGUAUCCCGUUUAUAAAAAUCUCAAGUGACUAAGUGCCAUAAAUCUAAUGGGUCACUACACAUUGGAUUGUACAUCUUUAGAUAUGUUAUGAGGCCACUUUGUCGAUGGCACAUCAGAGAGGCCACAGCCCAUAGGCCAGUGCUGCCACUUUCUACACGUAACAGGCCUGUGUACCAAUGACGUUACACUCUAUUUACACCUGCACUUUCCUACGCAGCCAGUGGGACCUACAGCUCACUGAACACCAUAGAAAAAGCACACACGUCAACAAAGUGGGGCAUCAUCAGUACCUGAUAACCUUGACACUUCCUGUCAGGAGAAUUCAUUGGAAGAUUUUAUUUUCACUUCGUGUCUCCAUUUUGUUUUGUUUAUAAAACCCAAGGUUUUCUUACCACAUGCAACUAUCACAUUCCCCACUGCAAAAUGAUGAAAGUCAAAUAUUUUACAGUAUACGCAUUUUAAUGCAUAUAUUUAUUUCAAAAACAAAGUUUCAAUGGUGAUUAUCAAACAAAUAUAAUAGGAUACAUUUCAGGCCUUAUAUUUUCUUUUCCCUAAACUCACAGGUACUUUUGUUGGCUUGAUUUUCCGUGAAGCACGCAAUGCUAAAAACAGAAAACUGACCCCAACACUGAAUGAAAUAAAUUGUCUUAGAAACACAUGAAUUGUUUGGGGAAACAAUGAAGUGCAUACAGGCAUUUGAAAAUUGUUGGCCAAACUUUGGCUGGCACAUUGUGACGUCGUGUUGCACAGUUACCUUCAACAAGGGCGUCUGGAGAUCACACUUUACAAAAACCUUGCAUGGUUCAUAUACUUUAACUCCAUAAAUUACAACAUAUUGGUUGUAUUUUGUGGUACAGGGUUUUAUAUUGGCCCACAUGGCCACCUGUUAAUAGGCAGUGUCCAAAUGUAACACAUGCACCGAUGGAAAGCCGCAGUCUAGUACCCGCAGUCACUUAUCAUACAUACCUGUGAUACUCCAGCCACAGGUGACUGAUUUCGAUCGCAGCCUUCAGUGCUCCCAGCAAAUGAGGGUUUAAUAUUUCAAUUUCACUUUGGCAUUUGAAAGUGAGAUUUUUUAAUGAAAAUUUGAAAAUUUGGUUGUCUUUCAACCACAUCCUUUCGUUUUAGUCAUUUUUGUGCUCUUUCUUUCUCAGGGUGGAUUGAAAAAGCCGUUUUUUUAAUUUCAAUCAUAACUAUAACUUUUUAUUAAAAUUUCAUUGGCCAUGAAAUUGAGUCAUACCAUUUGAUAGUCAUUGCUUCAAAAAGCAGAGUUACAUUGUUUCAAAGAGCAUUAAUUAGAAAGUAAUUUAUUUUUCAGUUUUAAAGCGCCUUUCUUUAGUGCCCAUUUUGUGCCCUUCGCGUCUGUAUGUGCAAGUUGAAACGACAAAUGAAAUGGGUACCCGAAUGCAGAAGGGAGCCCAAAAAUACCCUUAUUUUGUUAUUUAUACAAAAAUUUAAAUAAUAUCCUUAAUAGAAAAGAACAAAAUGUAAUUAACAGAAUCAACAUUUGUCUUCAGGUAAAGUUCUCACUGAUCAUGUAAAAUUGGAGAAAUUUUAAGGGA